UUCAUGGAGAAUAUUUCAGAAGUGACUGUAUUUAUUCUUGUGGGGUUAACAAAUACCCCAGAGCUUCAGGUCCCCUUAUUUAUCAUUUUCACUCUCAUUUAUUUGAUCACACUGGUUGGGAACCUCGGGAUGAUCAUGUUGAUUCUCCUAGACUCCCGACUCCACACUCCCAUGUACUAUUUCCUCUGUAACCUCUCCCUUGUGGACUUUGUUUAUGCUUCAGCAGUCACUCCCAAAGUAAUGGAAGGGUUUCUAACAGAACAGAAGGUCAUAUCCUUUAACGCAUGUGCUGCCCAGAUGUUCUUCUUGAUAGCCUUUGCCACUGCUGAAAGUUUCCUCCUGGCCUCAAUGGCUUUUGAUCGUCAUGCAGCAGUAUGUAAGCCCCUACAUUAUUCAAGCUCCAUGACAAGGACCACAUGUGCCCUAAUUGUUACCUGUUGCUACAUCAAUGGACUUCUGCAAUCCUCCAUCCAUGUUGCUUUCACUUUCCACCUCUCCUUCUGUCAUUCCAAUGUGAUUAAUCACUUUUUCUGUGACAUUCCCCCAAUACUUGCUCUGUCCUGUUCUAAUAUUCACAUAAAUGAGAUUAUAGUCUUUAUGUUGGCCACAUUUGAUGUUGUUUUUGCCCUUGUGGUUAUCUCGAACUCUUACUUACUUAUUUUCAUUGCAAUCUUGAGGAUUCGUUCAGUAGAGGGCCAAAAAAAGGCCUUCUCAACCUGUAUAUCACACCUCACCACUGUUUCUCUCUUCUAUGGGACAAUCAUCUUCAUGUACUUACAGCCCAACUCCAGUCACUCUAUGGACAGAGACAAAAUGGCAUCUAUGUUCUACACCAUGAUCAUCCCUGUGUUGAACCCUCUGGUCUACAGCUUGAGAAACAAAGAAGUCAAGAAUGCAUUCAAGAAAGUUGCUGGAAAAAUGCUGUCUUCAUGGGGCCUAGUCAACUAA